AUGUUGUCUGUACUAGAAGUUCCACAGACCCAACUGGGCCUGGCCUUUCUUGGAGUUGCUGCUGUCGUCUGGUUCGGUUUCAGCACUGUUAUUUCCUAUCGCAAGCUUUCGCACAUUCCUGGGCCGUGGCUCGCUUGCUUUUCUCAGCUAUGGAUCUUCAACGUCACCUCGAAAGGAGACCUAUAUCUCACCAUGGAAGAGGUUUUGCACAAGUACGGAUCCCCUGCGAGGAUAGGUCCAAACAUGAUCAUGACCGACGACCCCGAAUUCGUCCGGGUCAUAACAGCUCCCCGCUCGCCAUUCAGGAGAGGCCACUGGUACAAAGGCAUGAAGAUUGACCCGCGGAUCAACAAUCUCCUGUCCGAGCAGGACGAGAAGCGCCACGCAGAGCUGAGGGCAAAGAUGAUGCCAGGAUACACCGGCAAAGAAGUCCCCAACCUCGAAGAGAGUAUCGACGACCGGGUGCUCGAUUUAGUCAAUCUGAUCCAACGUGAGGGAGUCGAGAAACGCGCCCCGAUUGACUUUGCCGUGUUUGCCCAGUACUUCACCCUCGACAGCCUCACACAUAUCGCGUUUGGCCGUCCCUUUGGCUUCCUGAUCGAGAACAAAGAUCUGUAUGACUACAAUAAGUCCAGCACGGCCUUCUUCCCUGUCAUGGAAAUGAGCACGAACCUGCCAUUCAUCCACUCUAUCCUGUCCAGCUCCCUCAUGCAAGCCCUCGCGGGGCCCAAGCCGGAGGACAAAGCAGGACUCGGAGCCAUCAUUGGCAUUGCACAGAAGAUUGUCGCGGAUCGGUUCAACCCGAACUCUGAAUCCAAGAAUGAAAGGGACAUGCUCAACUCGUUCAUCAGGCACGGUCUGACCCAGCUGGAAGCAGAGUCAGAAUCUCUUCUGCAGAUCCUUGCAGGCUCGGACUCAACCGCCACCACCAUCCGCAUGACGUUCAUGUAUAUUCUGACGAACCCCGCCGUGUACGCGACAUUGCGCGGGGAGAUCGAUGGGGCCAUCCAGGCGGGCCACAUCUCGUUCCCCGUGGUCAAAAACGCCGAAGCCAACACGGCAUUGCCGUACCUGCAGGCGUGCAUCAAGGAAGGGCUGCGACUGUGGCAGCCGCUGAACGGGAUGCAGACCAAGCUGUCCCCGCCCGACGCCGAGAUCGUGGUCAGCGGCGUCCGCGUCCCGCCCGGCACGCAGGUUGGGCUGAGCCAGCACACCAUGAUGCGCCGCCGCGACCUGUUUGGGCCUGAUGCCGCCGUCUUCCGGCCCGAACGCUGGCUCGAGGCUGACCCGGAUACUGCCAAGGCGUAUGAGCGCGUCUGGGAGCUGUCGUUUGCCGAGGGCAGGUUCAGCUGUCUAGGAAAGGGGAUCGCCCUGAUGGAGUUGAACAAGGUCUUUGUCGAGCUCUUCCGACGCUUUGAUUUCGGCAUUGUCAACCCAGUCAGAACAAUGGAGACCAAAUGCCACCAGAUCCACGUCCAACGAAAGAUGUAUCUCCAUGUCACAGCUCGGGCAAGUUAA